CCUAUGUUCACUGUUGCUGUGCUACUCCUUGAAAGUGCCAUCCAGACUCGCUAUCAGUCGUAGACGGGCACAUAAACAAUCAGUCAACCAACAAUCAUUCAAUCAGUUAUUUCCGGCGAUGGUCUUGCAGCCCUCUGCUUCUUCGAACCGAAGCAGCAGUGUGGGGAGCGUUUCUUCCACCGCGGUCUCGUCGUUGUCCGCGACUCUCAUCUCGGUUGCGGAUUUGGCCCGGUGGGUACCCCUGCGUCUCACCCCGGAAGAGCGGUCCCUCUUGGACGUACUGGAACAAACCCUGCAUGUUUCCGAAUAUACUGACCAUGUGGACGUGACGGCAGCGGCACGUCGGGGUGGAUUGAAAACCCGCCGGAUUCUAGAAGGGAUUCUCGAGUGUUCCAACGGCAGUCGUACGUCUUGGGCAGGCCGGGAUCCGGUAGACAAUGCCGCACUCUUUCAGACCAUGUUUGAAAUUGGACGACGAAACAAGGUUUUGAAUCCAACAUCUAUGAGGACGACGUACGGCAAACUCAUGUAUUUGCUACAGGAUGCGCAAAAUCCUUCCGUGGCAAAAUCGCUAGGCUUUUCUCUGCACAAAGACAUGGUUCUCGUACAGCCCUACCUCGAGGAACACAAUUGCGCGGAUCUACUCCAAGAUUCACGUCUUGAAUGUGCCGUACAACACAUUCACGAUCGGGAUCCCGUCACGGGUCAACGCCUGGAUCGUGCUCAUGUCCAAGCCAUGGUGGAGGGCAAACGGCGUGUUACCGAUCAACUCGUCGAAACCUAUAGUGCGUCCGGCAGCCUAUCGCCGGAAAAUGUCCUUCGGGCAAUCGAUUCCUUGGCGGACGCUGUUGCGUACGUAGAAAGCAACGUUCAGCCUGUGCAGAGAAUGUUGCAGUAUUUGGAGGACAAUUUUGAUCCGCAUCGGGAAACACCGGGCUUCACGCUCGCAUUGGGUGCUCUGGAAGUAAUGACGGCCCAACUCUUUCCCAUUCGCACAGCACACAAUUUAUCUUUGUCUGGCAAAGUCAUGCGCAUAUGCAUCGUCUGUGGGUCUGUGCCGACAACGACUUGCUUUCGACCACACAAACAUACCAUUUAUACAAUACUGAAUUGUCCCCGUGUGCGUAAAGUGAUGCACACGCUCUUGCAUCAAACUCAACAAGAGGCUGGAGCGGCAUGGGUUGGUCUGAGCGUAGUGCACCUGGGCGACCGCGAUGUUCCCAACGCACUCAUAUUUAUCGACAAAUAUACCCAGAUUCCGCGGUUUUUGAACCCGAUUGUUGGCUUCUUGCAAUCAUUACCGGAGUUGUGUCGAGAUGAACGGAUUGAUGCUUACGUAAAAGAACAAUUUGGGUCAGAACAUAGACUACAAAUGGCUGUUCUUGCGGAUUACUUCAAACAUGGGUUUGACGGCAGCGGUGAUGACGGUGGGUCCUGUAUUGAUGGUCGUUUGACGAGCUCUUGGAACUGGACAUCCCGGGUGGCGAAAAAAUCGUACUACAAUGUCCUCAUGCUCUCCGGAUUCCAAGGCUUCGAUGGUGACUUUCGCUAA